AUGUAUAUCCGCGCCGCCCACGCUGAAGCAGACCUCCGCGUCCUUCGCCGUCUCAUCCACGAAAACCCCCUUGGAAUGCUCACAACCGGCAUAAAAUCCCAAACCCACUCCUUUCUACAAAGCAGUCACAUCCCUUUCCUUCUCGACGUAAAAGAUGAAUCCAGUGAAACAGAACUCGGUCGUCUCCGCGGGCACUUGGCUCGUCAAAACCCCCAAAGCAAAGCCAUGAUCGAACACUGCACCUCCAACCCCUCUCUCAAAAACUAUCUCGAAGACGAAGUCCUAGUGAUCUUCACAAAGCCAGCUCACCACUACGUCACCCCCAAGUUCUACACCGAGACGAAACCAGCGAAUGGAAAAGUGGUGCCGACGUGGAAUUACGCCGCGGCGCAGGUUUAUGGAAAGGCGAGGAUUUACUAUGAGAAUAAUGAAGAGACCUCUUCGUUUCUCGGGCAGGCAAUUAGUGAUCUUACGGAUCAUAAUGAGAGGGGUGCGAUGGGGGAUACGGCUGAGAGUCAGUGGAAGGUGUCUGAUGCGCCGGAGAAGUAUGUUGAGUUGUUGAAGAGGAAUAUUAUUGGCAUUGAGAUUGAGGUUACCAAGUUGGAGGGCAAGUUCAAGAUGAGCCAGGAGAUGGGACACGGGGAUAGGGAGGGUGUUAUCAAGGGGUUUGAAGGACUAGGGACGGAAGUUGGUGAUGAGAUUGCGAGGGUUGUUAAGGAGCGUGGGGAGUUGAAGGACCAGAAGAAGUGA